CAAGACGACCUGCAAACAAAUCCUUUAGAAUUGCUCUGUCAGGAUCCAGAAGAUCACUCUGUGUCGAAAAACCUGUGUUCAGAUAGCAUAAAGUUGUCAAUUAAAACUGAAGAUACCACAUCGGAUGAGGCGAAGGAUUUGCCCUUGAAUCAGAAAUGUAGAACUGUUCAUCAAGCGAAUAGGACAUAUGAAUGUUGUGGCAACAUUCCGGAUGAUUUAUUCGAGGUAGAGGAAAAUCCAAUUUCAAUCAAAUCAGAGUACGAAGAGGUCGAUGGACAGCAUCAGCAAACAAACGGUGAUGUUCUGAAUAAUGAACAAGAUAACCUUAAAAGCCAUCGCCAAAAACAAAAGCAAAACUAUCCUCAUUGUCAAUCAAGGUUCGCAAAGCCAUUUAACCUAAAACUUCAUAUCGGUACUCACACUGGCGAAAGGCCGUAUGUGUGUAAAGUCUGUGACAAUGCGUUCAAGACUUCAAGUAAUCUGGCAGAACAUUCGAAGAUUCACAAUAAGGACCUACAGCAUCAGUGUCCUCACUGUCCGUCAAUGUUCGCAAAGCCAUUUAACCUAAAGAUUCAUAUCCGUACUCACACCGACGAAAGGCCAUACCAGUGUAAAGUCUGCUAUAAAGCCUUCUAUUCAUCAGGCAAUCUGAUAGAACAUUUGAAAGUUCACAAUAAGGACUAUCAGUGUCUUCAUUGUUCAUCAAUGUUCGCACAGUUAUCUAACCUAAAGAUUCAUAUACGUACACACACUGGCGAAAAGCCAUAUCAAUGUAAAAUCUGUGAGAAGGCAUUCCAUUCAUCACAGAAACUAGCACAACAUUCGAAAAUUCACAAUAAGGACCAACACCAUCAGUGUCCUCAUUGUUCAUCGAAAUUCGCGCGACUAUGUAAGCUAAAGAAUCACAUUCGCACUCACACCGACGAAAGGCCAUACAAGUGUAAAGUAUGCGACAAAGCGUUCAGGAAAUCAGACAAUCUGGCAGAACAUUCGAAAAUUCACAAUAAGGACCUACAGCAUCAGUGUCCUCACUGUCCGUCAAUGUUCGCAAGGUCAUCUAACCUAAAGAUUCAUAUCCGCACCCAUACCGGUGAAAGACCAUACCAGUGUAAAGUCUGUGACAAGGCCUUCCAUUCAUCAGGAAACCUGUCAAUUCAUAUCCGCACCCAUACCGGCGAAAAGCCAUACAAGUGUAAAAUCUGUGACAAAGCCUUCCAUUCAUCAACCAUACUAGCAAAACAUUCGAAAAUUCACAAGAAAAAUGAACCUCUUUAA